AUGUGCAUUGGCGAUGAUAGUGCGUUUGCCUCUGAGCAGCGAUGGCUUUUGUCGCUUUUGCGACGAAGAAAGUGAAUUCCGCGCAGCAGCAGCAGCAGCAGGGGCAGCAGGGGCAGCUGUCGAGGAGCGAUAGACAAUGUUCGGCGACGACAGCUUCGUAUCAGCAGCAGCAAGAUCUCGUGGUAACGCAGAGUAUCGCGCAGACCGAUCUUGAGGGCUUCCGCAUGGCAGACGCAGAAGCAGAUCCGCGGUCCAGAGAUGGGCUUGGGUUUGACCCAUUGUUCUGUGACGAGCCUCCUGCAGACGCUAGUAAGGAGCAGCUGUCGGAGGCAGACGACGGAGGAGGAGGAAUUUCACAGCUUAUUGAACACAACAAUGCUCUUCGACGAAACUUUGACAAUCUGAAGCACCUACACUUACAACUGGCUGAGGCCAAUGCUCAGCUCCAAGAAGCGUUUUUGAAUAUGCAGGCUGAAAAAGCGAGAGUGGAGGGUGGGAUCAUGCACCACAGUGCAAUACAACGCGAAAAGGAGGUGCUUGAGGCAGAGCUGGAAGAAAUGAAGUCAAGACACGCGAAGGAAAUGAGCAAGCUCAGGGCUGAGCGGGAAGAAAUCUCCGGUCUUGCACUCGAGUUGGGGCAGAAAAACAUGUCCCUUGAGAAGAAGGUGGCUCUUAUGAAAGGAAAUAACGAAGAUCUGAGUCAGAUGUUGGAAGUUGUGCGGUACGGACAUGACGUCGAUCGGUCCUUGUCCACAGAAGUGUUGAGGCUGGAAAAAGAUGACGCAGUGACCGCCAAACACGCAGCUGAGUUGCACAAUGCACGAAACUUAGCUCUGGUGAAAGUCGAAGACCAGAAUUAUCGUCAGCAAGCAGCUGAUUUGGCCCAUAAGUGUAAGCACCUGGAGAUCGACCUCGAAAAAGCAAUUACAGCUGGAGAAGCAGUGCAUCAGCAGCUCGUAGCACUCACGUACGAGAAGGACGCCAUCAUUACGGAUCUGGAGCAGGCCCUGCGUAGACUCAGGGAAGAGCACAAACUUAAAGAUUCGAUGCAACAAGAAGCGUACCUAAAGCUGAAGGAGUCUUCUUACGAAAUCGGAGAGUUGCGCAAUUUGCUCAGUGCUCUAGAGAAAUCAAAGGCUGCUACGGAAUCUCAACAUUCAAAAGAAAUAACAGAAGUGCAAAAGGAAUGUGAAACCUUGCGCAAAGACUUGGGGACAGCGUUGGCUGCCCAGAAAGAGGCAGCAGAUCGUCUGGUAGAUGUGGAACGUCUGCGUGACCGAAAAGUGAUCGUCCAAAGUUUUGCGUCGUUUUGCCAGAAAGCCAAGUACAGGAAGUCGAAAGAAGAACUCGAGAGAACGAUUGAAUCGAUGAAACUCGAGAUCGCUGAAGCCAUUGCAGUUCGUGAGAAAGAACAAGCCACGAAUAAGAGUCAGUUGGAGGAUAUGCAGCGGAAAUGGGAAGAAGAGAAGUCUGCUCUACAGAAACGGGAAGAUUUUGUGGUCAAGGCGAUUAAGCAGAAAUGCCGUUGCAAGUACACAGUCUUAAAGAAGACGUUCAAGCGUACGAGUAAGCUUCUAGCCACUUUGACUGUGGCUCACAACCAACUCACAAUUCGAAUGCGAGAAUGUGAAGCACAACUUGCGAUUGCUCAGAGGACAAGGGUUAUAACAGCUGCGGGCAGUGGCUGGGUCGAUGCUUCCUCCUUGCGAAGGACUACACCGGGAGUAAACGCUUGCAGAAGUGGAUAUUUUGAAUCAGAGAUGAAAGAGCUCAGCGACAGGCAAGCAAAGUUCUCUGUUGGGACAUAAGAUCCAACCAAGUCAAAACUUAUACAGGCAGGGAUGUAGUCUCAUGGUUGAUGGUGUCAACCUGGCACGCAAGUGUGCUCAGCCCGUAACCUCGGAUCCACGUACGAAAUGGAACAACUAGAAAGAUACAGCAGCCUACAGAAAGGAUACAAGGAAUUUCACCAGCAGCGGCUGACGACAACUGUCUCUACUGCAUCCACAUCACAUCAGCGGAUCCUCUCCUUCUGCCCAAAGCUGCUAACUAUAGCUGCCCUCCUUUCCAGGUGUGCUUGGAACUGGCUCAUCUAUCGCCAAGAGAGUUUCAUCAGUACUCCGACCCGAGCUUAGAGCUGGCUACGCUUGACAUGGACUUCGAUUUUGCUUCGGACUUGAUCGUAAGAACUCGCUCUGAUGUCGACUGCUAUCCUUCUACAGCUUGUGGUGACUGCCUUCUUCUUUCACUUUCAUAUUCACUUAUAUUCAAAUUGUCGAACCGAGAGCCUUGCAGGCCU